AUGGCCACUGCUCGAUUCCGGCGCAAAGCCGCUCGAAUGGCCCUGUCGCCUAAUGUGGCCAAAGCCUCCUUGACAAAGCCGCGCUCGGCGAGAGACCGGGCAGGCCCUUUUGCUGGAAUGAAUCGGACCGAGGCGGGGAUUGAAGGCACACCACGCGCAAAGUCCCAGGCGGCAUUGAAGCGUUCAGGGGAGGAAGCCAAGGUGGAGAAAAAAGAAAGCCCUUUGUACAAAGCACUCAAAAUGCAGACUACUUUGGCCCCUGUCUCCUAUGGCCGCCGGAACGCCAUCAAGGACAAGAUUGCCAACGUCACCAGCUUCGACCAUUUCCGCCUUUUGCCAGCCGUGCGCCAAUCGAUUUUCACCAUGGCUCUGCCCGGUAUGGAUGAAAUCACGCCGACACCAAUCCAACGACUUGCAAUUCCGCAGCUUUUGAACGAUGGCACGCCGAAGAAACAGAAACAGCCAAAGAAAGUGGAUGACAACAAGCCCCAAUACGAACAAUAUCUCCUCGCAGCAGAGACGGGCUCAGGAAAGACUCUCGCAUACCUGCUCCCGGUCGUAGACGCUGUCAAGCGCGCUGAGGCAUCGGAGCUCGAAGAACAAGCACAAAUCGAGGCAGAAAAGACGAAGGAGCGGGAGGAGCGCCUGAAGAAUCGAACACUCGAGCUGGAGCCUGAGGAGCCGCCGGUUACCAACGCCGGCCGCCCUCGAGCCCUCAUUCUUGUCCCCACAUCCGAGCUUGUAGCUCAGGUCGGUGCCAGGGUGAAAGAGUUGGCGCAUGGCGUCAAGUACCGUUCCGGGAUGAUUUCAUCCAACCUCACACCGCGUCGGAUCAAAAACACGCUGUUCCACCCGGACGGCAUUGACAUCCUGGUGUCGACACCGCACCUCGUCGCAUCUAUCGCGAAAACGAACCCCUACGUCCUCAGCCGGGUAACUCACCUUGUCCUCGACGAAGCCGAUUCCCUCAUGGACCGGUCCUUCUUGCCGACUACAACCGAGGUGAUCGAAAAGGCGACACCCUCGCUUAAAAAGCUCAUUUUCUGUUCGGCCACGAUCCCCAACAGCCUGGACAAGCAGCUCCGCCAGAACUACCCGGACGUUCGACGAUUGACGACCCCCAAACUACAUGCCAUCCCGCGUCGAGUCCAGCUGGGCGUGGUGGACAUUGAAAAGGACCCGUACCGCGGGAACCGCAGUCUCGCCUGCGCCGAUGUCAUCUGGGCAAUUGGCAAAGCAGGUGACCGGCACGAGCGCGGCGAGUCAUGGGGACCUCUGGAGUCAUUCAAGGCCCCCACGGUCAAGAAGAUCAUUGUCUUCGUCAACGAGAGAGAGGAAGCCGAUGAGGUCGCCCGUUUCCUGCAGGGUAAGGGCAUCGACGCCGUCUCGCUGUCCCGCGACUCCACCUCCCGCAAGUCGGACGAGAUCCUCGCCGAGUUCACCGAGAUCCAACAACCCCCGACUGCCGAGGAAGUUGAGCUGGCCAAGAAGAAGAAGACCAGCUCCAAGGUGAUUCCGUUCAUCUGGGACCAGGAUGAGAAAGUCGACACCUCUCGUCGUCUCCCAGGCACCAAGGUCCUUGUCACCACCGAUAUCGCCUCGCGUGGUAUCGACACCCUGCCCGUCAAGACUGUAUUGCUCUACCAUGUACCCCACACCACCAUCGAUUUCAUUCAUCGCUUGGGUCGUCUGGGUCGGAUGGGCAAGCGGGGUCGCGGUGUUGUUUUGGUUGGCAAGAAGGACCGCAAGGAUAUCGUUCGCGAGGUCCGCGAUGGCAUGUUCCGCGGCCAGGCCAUGAUCUAG